GAAGAAACAAAAAAAACAAUUACUGUGCCGUGGUCUACUCCGAGACUUCAAGUCAAGACAGUACUAUAGGGCAUGUAAUGUCCACCUUCGCUGCAAUUUCUUAGAUGGUACUAUUCGGCCUAAAAGUUUUUUGUUUAUCACACUCCUAAUUUGAACGAUUAGCGCCUGCCCUUCCUCAGAGAAAGACGAUUUCUAGAAGUCUCUUUUCUUGGAUAUUAUUGAAGAAAUUUUCGAAUUUUCACCCACCACCGAACAUGUUUCUCUCUCAGCUAGUCAUUCUGUUAUUGUUUAUGUUGAUGAUCAUCUCUGCUGCCACUAACAUUCAUGAAAACGUUGCCAUUUCAUGUGGUGCCUCUGGCAAUUCCCUUGCACUAGAUGGACGAGUAUGGAUUGGAGAUGCAGGUUCCACUUCUUCAUUGCUACAGUUAAGUGGAAAAUCUAUCAAGUCAAGGGUACCUCAACAAGCUGGCUUGUCGGAUCCAGUUCCUUAUAAGUCAGCUCGAAUGUCUCGCCAUCAGUUUACCUACCAGUUUUCAGUGAAACCGGGACAGAAAUUCAUACGCCUUCACUUCAGGCCAGCUUCAUACAAAGAUUUCACCAAGUCCAAAGGCAUUUUUACUGUCAAAACUGGUCAGCAUACCCUGCUCAGUGACUUCAUACCUACCCUUGCUGCGGGCAUCAACUAUUUCAAAAAGGAAUUUUGCAUCAAUGUACAAGAAAGUGAAACAUUAAGCAUAACAUUCGUACCAUCUCGAAAACCAAGCAUUUUGGAAGACACUUACGCUUUUGUCAAUGCAAUCGAGAUUGUUUCCAUGCCUGCUGGUCUGUAUUUUACACCAGAUGGCGAUCAGGGAGUCCCUGUUGUUGGAAGAAAUUACAGAUUCUACAUUGACAACAGCACAGCACUGGAGACAACUCAGCGAAUAAAUGUUGGCGGAAACUCUAUUUCAUCAUUGGAAGAUGCAACUAUGUUCCGGGACUGGGAAGAUGACACUAAUUACCUGGCAGAAGUUGGAGCCUUUUCGAUCAACAGAGCCAUUGCAAUCAGAUAUACUUCCUCAGCAACUCACAUUGCACCAAAAGAAGUUUACCAAACGGCCAGGUCAGUGGGUGCGCACUACCAUUCGAAUGUCGGUAAUCUCACAUGGAACAUUCCACUUGAUUUGGGAUUCAGAUACCUUGUUAGGCUCCAUUUUUGUGAAAUUGAACCUUCAAUGACAAAUGAAGGUCAAAGGAAUUUUACUAUUGUCAUAAACAAUCAGAAUGCUGAAGAUGAAGCUGAUGUGAUCAAAUGGAGUGGGGGACAUGGAAUUUCUGUAUAUAGGGACUAUGUUGCCAUUAUGGAGGGUGAUAGAAGGGAACGUAAGCAUAACCUUUCUAUAGUUUUUCAGCCAAAUUCUGCUACAUUCAGUAACCAUAGUAGUGCCAUCUUGAAUGGGCUAGAAGUAUUCAAGAUAAGCAACCCUGACAACAAUCUUGGCAGUGUGAUCCCUGCGCAUCCUGCUACCAUUUCAACACCAGAGAAAUCUUUGCCGUUUUCUAUGAAGAAUAAUAUUGCAACUGUACUGACAUUUAUAGUCACUUUGAUCAAUGUUGCUGUUUAUUACAUUAGGUGUAAUUCAGAGAUUAACUCUGGCAAGGCGAACAAUAGACUAUCUUCUAGAGAGCAUCAGUGUCGUCCAUUCACGCUGGAUGAGAUGGAAAGAUCAACGAACAACUUUGACCCUCAGCUUGUCAUUGGCAGGGGUGGAUAUGGCACAGUAUACAAAGGGGAUAUUGAUGAUGGAGAGAUCACUGUAGCAGUAAAACGAUUGAAACCAGGAUCUAGCCAGGGGGAGAAUGAGUUUUGGACGGAAAUCAAAAUGUUAUCUACGCACCGCCAUGAGAACCUUCUAUCCCUAAUUGGUUACUGCAAUGAAGGUCAUGAGAUGUUAUUAGUUUAUGAUUAUAUGCCUCGAGGAUCACUUGCUGAUCAUCUCUUCAAAAUGGACAGAAGUAGCUCCUCUCUCAAUUGGGAACAGAGGCUCAAGAUUGCUAUAGGUGCUGCACGUGGACUGGAUUUCCUUCAUACAUCUCAAAAUAGGGUGAUACAUCGUGAUAUCAAAAGCUCAAACAUUCUGUUGGAUGAAAACUGGGGAAGUAAGAUUUCAGAUUUUGGGUUGUCCAAAAUGGGACCUGGAAAUGAAUCAGCUACUCAUGUUAGUACACAAGUCAAAGGCACAUUUGGGUACCUCGAUCCAGAGUACUUCUUAACUAAUAGAUUGACAGUGAAAACUGAUGUGUAUGCUUUUGGAGUAGUACUAUUUGAAUUGCUCUCAGGAAGGCCGGCAGUCGAUAUGAGACUGCCUGAGGAGCAACAUGGACUUGUAGCAUGGGUCAAUCAAUGCAUCAAGGAAAGAGAAAUUAAUAAGCUUAUUGAUCAGAAUCUGGACGUGUCCAUCUCAUCAACUUGUCUAACAGCGUUUAUAGAAAUUUCUGCUAAAUGCUUCUGUAGUCAUCCACAAGAACGGCCUGCAAUGUCUGAAGUUGUGAAAAGCCUGGAAUUAGCAUUAGUGUUUCAGAAGAAUGAAGGUGAAGGUAUCAUUUCAUUUGAUGACACAUCAACAUCUCAGUCGAAGAAUGAAGCAGAGAGAGCAUCCAUCAAAGAGGAUUGUAAUGGCACUGAUAGAACAGAAAGGAGUACCAUUUCAAGGGAAAAGGUAAAAUUUAAGGAUAAAACUGCUUUACCCAGAUGGUGGGAUUUUCGUGGCCUUUUCAGAAAAGCACCACCAAAGCCAGAGAAUCUUGUUUAUCCAGAUAGCCAGCUAUCACAGCACCCCAAUUUAAGGAUAUUUUCUUUCUCUGAACUCAAGGCCGCCACAAGAAAAUUUAGCAAUGAUGCGGAGCUGGGAGAAGCUGCUUUUGGAAAAGUUUACAAGGGUUGUCUUGCUGAGUCGCCUUCUUCCACCAGGGGCCGUACUGUAAUUGCUGUUAAGAAAUUGAAUUAUGAAAGCUUACAAGAAUUUGAACAGUGGCAGUCCGAAGUGAGCAUUCUUGGAAGACUUUCUCAUCCUAACCUGCACAAACUCUUGGGAUACUGUCAGGAAGCUAAAGGACUACUGCUUGUCUAUGAGUUUAUGGUAAAGGGAGGCUUGGACAACCAUCUUUUUGGAAGGCGCUCUGCUGCUUUGUCACUUCCAUGGAAUGUAAGGGUUCAAAUUGUGAUUGGUGCAGCUCGAGGCUUGGCAUUCCUACAUGCAUCAGAGAAGCAAGUCAUUUACAGAGACUUCAAAGCCUCGAAUAUAUUACUUGAUGGCUCUUACAAUGCGAAGAUAGCAGGUUUUGGCUUAGCAAAACAAGCUACUUUGGAUAGUGAAUCACAUGUGUCAACAUGUAUAAUUGGAACGUAUGGUUAUGCAGCUCCAGAGUAUGUUGCAACAGGACACUUGUACUUGAAGAGUGAUGUCUAUGCUUUUGGUGUCUUUUUAGUGGAAAUGCUAACAGGUCUACGAGCACAUGACCCAAACCGCCCAAGUAACAAGUAUAAUCUGGUUGAAUGGAUUAAGCCGCAUUUAUCUGACAAAAGAAAGUUGAAGGACAAGAUCGAUUCGCGUCUGGGAGGAAAAUAUCCAUCCAGAGCUGCAGUACAAAUAGCACAACUGGCACUGUCAUGUCUUGGACAUGAACCUAAAAGCAGACCAUCAAUGAAGCAGGUAGUGGAGAAACUAGAACAGAUUGAUGCUGCCAAUGAAAGACCCAAGGAGCCUAGAAUUAGUUCCAAACAUCAGACUGCUGAAAGAUAUGGUCAGCAACCCUUGCACCAUCCUUUUAACAAUAUGAAGAAGCUACAAUAGCUUUAGUUGUCCAAAUACAGACAAUUUCUUCUUCUUCUUCUUCUUCUUUUGUCGUGUUGGUCCUGUAGUCUUAGCUUGUCAGGAUAAGUGAUAAGGCUCUGUAUGGCGUUGGGUUGUGAUGGUUUUAGUGACCAGUAUUUUGUACAUUCAAAUUUUGAGUCAGUAACUUGUUAUGGAUAUCAUUGAAUAGGGAGAUGCCACUGGACCAUAGAAAUUGGCAGCACAUAAUACGUUUUGCUAUAAUCAAACACCAUACCAUGGUCCUGGAAGGGCUGCAGCAAUGUUUUGUAAAUUGAAAUAUAUACCUUAGGCAUCUCCAACCCUA